CCACCUUACCUCGAUAUUGAGACCUCUAUAUUUGAAUCUCGAAAAGUCUCCUCAUUCCUUCCUUCAUCUCUCUCUCUCUCUUUCAACUAAUAUUUGAGUCCAUCUUCAAAUCUUCCCUUUUUGCAUUUCAUUUUCAGUAUUGGAAAGUCGAAGCUCUUCAACAACACUUUCAUGGUGCUAAAUUCCACGACAAGUUAAGAGAAUCUCAAGCCUUACAGUAGUAGUACUGCCCAAUUUUACUCUUUUCGUCGCAGAGACAUAUUAUCACUGUGUAUUCCAGUGAUGGCUCAAAAGCACUUGCAUGAACUUCUAAAAGAGGAUCAAGAACCUUUUCUUCUCAAGAACUACAUUGCUGACAGGCGUUCGCAGCUCAAAGGAUCCUCCUUACCCAAAACCCAGUUACAGGUCAGGAAACGAAAACCUACCGCCAUCUCACAACAGCAGCAACGAAGAACGAUUUCGAAUUUACCUCACAAUCUCUGCAAGAAAUCUUGCCUUUUCUCCUAUGUUGACUCUCCUCAUGACCCAAGAAGGUCCCCACUCUUUGAAUUUCAAUCUCCAGUUCCCAAAAGCCCAUGUAGAAGUAGCCCAAAUGCGAUUUUCCUUAACGUCCCUGCUAGAACCGCUACUCUGUUACUUGAAGCUGCUCUUAAGAUUCAGAAACAAUCCUCCAAAACUAAAACCCAGAACAAAAACCAUGGUCAUUUCGGGUUAUUCGGGUCAUUCUUGAAGAGGCUAACGAGCAGGAACCGGACCCGGAAACGCGAAAUCGGUGCUGACGGAGUUAAAGUCUCUGUGAGGGAUAUUUUAAGGUUGGAUUCUUCUGUUGGGCGAAAGAGGCCCCCUAACGAGCGAAUUAGUGAAAGAAAACAGGGGAUUGCAGAAAAAAGUUCUCCUGAAGCAAAUGAUUGUGAGAUUGGAUCAUCUUGUAACCACAAUGGGAGGCCCAGCAGUGCAGUUUGGUCUGAGAGCAAUGAAGAGCAGUCUAUGGAUUUUGAUUUGGAGACCUCGAGCAGUAGCCAGAGUGAGGAAUUACUCGGAUCAGAGAUUGAGUUUGUUAACCAAAUGAUUGAUGACACUGAUUUUACUUCUUGUGAGAAGCGAUUCUGUGAAAGUCCUUUUCGUUUUGUGCUCCAACGCAGUACAUCUUCCGGUAUACGGACGCCGACAUUCUCGUCGCCGGAAAAGUCUCCGAUUCGUAGCAAAGGAGAGGACAAAGAGAAUUAUGAUGGGAAGUGCAUUAAAAAUUUCCAAGUACAACAACAACAAGAAGAAGAAGAAGGGGAGGAUAAGGAACAAUGUAGUCCUGUUUCUGUAUUGGAUCCCCCAUUUGAGGACUAUGACGAUGGACAUGAAGAUGAUGCCUUCGACGUUGAAUGCAGCUAUGCGAUUGUACAGAGAGCGAAGGAGCAACUGCUGCACAAGCUUCAUAGAUUUGAGAAACUGGCAGAAUUGGAUCCGGUUGAACUUGAGAAAAGAAUGUUAGAAGAAUUAUUUGAAGAUGAUGACAACAUUUGUGUCGCCGAAGUAGACGUAGAAGAGGAAUAUGACGAUAACAGAUCAUUUUUGUGGGAAAAGGUGAAGAGCUUUGACAGUCUUAUUGCACAACAGCUAGCUAAAUCCGGAUUCGAUCAUGCAAGGGAAAUCCCAAAAGACAUGAAGAACUUGGUUUCAGAUCUCAUCGACGAGGAAAGCCGAGAGAGAAACGACUACUACAUUGACAGAGAAGUGGUUGCCAAAAGGGUUUGUAAGAGGUUGGAGUCAUGGAAAGAGGUGGAGUCUAACACCAUUGAUAUGAUGGUAGAGCAAGAUUUCAGAAAAGAAUUUGAAGAAUGGAAGAGAAGUCAAGAGCAGGUGGAGGAGACUGCAUUGGAUAUUGAAGUUGCCAUCUUUGGACUGUUGGUGGAAGAAUUAACCGAGGAGUUAAGCUCUGGUAUCAUAUGAGUGAAAUUUUGAUUCAACUUCCUUUCAUUUUUUCUUUUAAAACUAGAUCUUAAAGGGAAGGGUAUAGCCGUAUAGUCUAACUUGGGCUAAGGAAUAGGCUAAUUAGAGAGAUGAACCAAGAAAGCAAGAACAAUCUCUGGGUAGUAUGGUACUCUGUAUAUGAAUCAUGUAUUAAGUGGGGAAGCAGGUGCAACAGCAAUGUAUUUAUCAAUGAGAAUCAGACGUUAGUACUUAAAAAUUUUCCAUU